AUGGAUAUCCAACGGUCGCAGCAAGUGAUAACGCUGCAGGAGGAGCUCGGCAUCCAGGAAGCCAUCAUACGCUCGCUCGAGCACGCGCAAGAUGCAGAGUCUAAGAGGGCGCGCAUCAACGCUAGACGAGAGAGGCAGAUGCUCAUGGAUAGUUUGGAAAGGCUUGGAGUGAGCUCGUCUCGCACCACACCACCACUUGGCUCUCAAAGCACAACGAAAUCAGAGCGAGCAGCGCAUCCAUUGUCCGCUCCGCCCGCGACGCCGAUGGAUCUGCCCACCCGGAAGCGAGAAUAUGGACAACACAGCAGUCCUCCCGGCCCAGACAUGCAUUCUAAAUCACGAAAGAUAAUGCCAAUGUCGAGUGCCUCCAAUAGAGCUCCUAAUACCUCGAUGAAUGCCGUUCUCAACUCGGACAGCCUAGAGGUUAUUGACCUCACAGGUGACGAUACCACGGAUACCACAGGAUACAUUGCCGCGCAGCUGAGGCUGGAGAACCUGGCGACACAAAGGCGGCGUGACCACGAUUUGGCCCAGAGCUUACAGCGGCAGCCAGCGUCGCGGUCCGAGGCAGCCCGCCCGCUCAGUGAGAGCCGCGACCCGCAAUCGAAUCCGCUGCACCGCCUCAUGGCGACUGCGCGGACGAGCGGGGUGCCGAAAUAUGGCUUUCAAGAUGAGGGCUCAUCGAAUGGCCUCAAAGUGGAGUCCCCGGCGGGCUUCAACGGGAAUUCUAUUCCGGUACGGCCCAUCAGUGAACGCGAACAACAGUUGAUGAAGGAAGAGUUUGUCCGCAAAAAGAAACAGAGGGAUGAAGAGUACAAACUACAUGUUCAGCAAAAAGAUCGACAAAUGCAGAGAGACAUUGCAGCGAGAAACGUGCACCUACAAAUGCGGAAACGUGCUCAGCAGAUGCUUCCGUCACAGAACUCCGCCAUGCAUUCUCCUUUUCCCGGAGCCGACUUGUCUAUCCCUCCUGGAUUUAACGUGCCUGGUGCCUAUCCUGAGCUCAGGUGGCCUGUCGGGCCCAGCAUUGCCCCGGCCUCGCAGUACCACCAAUUGUCCACCCAGUACGCUCUCCCUGUUCUCAAAUCCACAAACUGGGCCAAGAUCCCCAGCAUGGGCUCUUCCUCUGCCAAGGAUAUGAAGGAAGUUAUCAAGGGCAGUAACGACUAUUCGUAUAGCGCCGCGGUCGCUGGCUUGGGCUUACCUCCCCUACCUGAUCGCAUGCGCCACUUUGACAUGGCCCCGUAUCAAGGUUUUCCGGAUAUGAUGCAGGAUCAAGGAAAGAUGACCAACGAAGAGUUGGAAGAGCUGCUGAAGAAUAUCCGCCCUGACUUUGAGAUUCCCCCCGAGGAACGUCAGGAAAAGGUUCCAGGCCUAAAGGUUAACAUCUAUCACCAUCAACAACUCGCCCUGAAGUGGAUGCAAGCGAUGGAAGACGGCUCGAACAAAGGAGGCAUUCUGGCCGACGACAUGGGUCUGGGCAAGACAAUCUCGACGCUCGCAUUGAUGGUGACGAGGCGUGCCACUGGCCGACCCAAAACCAACCUUAUCAUUGGGCCCCUCGCUCUUCUUCGCCAAUGGGAAGCGGAAAUUCACAGCAAAGUAUCUCUCUCCGAUAAGCUGUCUGUAUUUGUGUAUCACGGCAAAAAGGCCACUACAGAAGAGCUUCUCACGUAUGAUGUGGUAUUGACCACAUAUGGCACAAUUGCUGCAGAGGUCAAGCGACUGGACAAAUUUGCAAAAGAAAACAUGGAAGCCGGGAGAAGUGCCGACUACUCACAGAAGGAAACCGCGGUCAAGUUCCCUUUGCUGCACCCCACGAAGGCUAAGUACCAUCGUGUCAUUCUUGAUGAAGCCCAAUGCAUCAAGAACAAGGAGACGCAAACGGCCAAGGCCUGCCACCGCCUACGAGCGACUUUCCGCUGGUGUCUGACCGGCACUCCCAUGAUGAAUGGUGUCACGGAACUGUAUUCGCUGCUUGCAUUCUUGCACAUCCGGCCCUACUCCGCAUGGGACAGGUUUCGGCGACAGUUUGGCCCCUUGAUGGGCGUCGGGGGAGAUGAGAAAACAGCGGCCAUGGACACUCUUCGUGCUCUCCUCAAAGCGAUUAUGCUCAGGCGAAUGAAGAACUCGUUGUUGGAUGGUAAGCCCAUUCUCACGCUGCCAAAGAAGACCGAACAGGUCUUAUAUGCAGAUCUUUCGUCGGACGAGCGUGAUUAUUACGACCAGCUGGAAGCCAAAGCCCAGGUCCUCUUGAACAAGUACCUGCGUGAAGGCAGUGUUGGAAAGAAUUAUUCCCACAUUCUUGUGCUACUUCUGCGACUUCGCCAGGCGUGCUGCCAUCCGCAUCUCAAUCUCGACGUCAGUGAUACUACGCCGGUGACCGAGGAAGAUGUUCUUCUGUUGGUCCAACAGCUGCAACCGAGCAUCGUGAAAAGGAUCAAGGAGGCUGAUGGAUUCGAGUGUCCUAUAUGCUACGACGCCGUUCCCUCACCCCAGUUCUUCAUUCCUUGUGGCCACGAUAGCUGCAGCCAGUGCUUGAGUCGCCUCAUCGACAAUGCAGCCUCGACCAAUAUCCAGGAAGGCCACGAGAGCGACAAAUGCAAGUGCCCAGUCUGUCGUGGGCGGUUUAACCCGAAACAAUGCUUCUCUUUGGAGGCAUUUCAAAAGGUGCACAUGCCCGAGGCGCUCAAAAAGGGGUCCGACGACGAAUCAGACGACGAAUCAGACGACGAAUCCGACGAGGAUGUCAUCGACGAGCCUGAUGCUGAGGAUGACAUUUACUCUGACGAUACUGUGGAUAAGAAGGGAAAUUUGGCCGGCUUUGUUGUUGAUGACGACUUUUUCGACGAGUCUGAUGAUGGCAUGGACAUCAAGCCAGAUGUGGCCGAUCUUGAGACUGGAGUCAAGCCUGAAGUCAAGCCCGAAGUCAAAGCCGAGAGCUCGUCUUUGGGCUCUGGACUCACAUCUGGAGAUGAGGAUGAAAAGGAGAAGCUGCGCAAGGCUAUGAUCAAGCAAGGUAAACGUGCACAACCGGUCAAGGCCAAGAAAGCGAAAAAAUCCAAAACGAAGAAAGACAAAAAGGGAAAAGAGAAAGACGAGAAAAAUGGGGUCAUCAAGUCGGACAUUAAGCCGUCGAUGCUCAAAGAACUUCGCGUCCAAGCCCGCAAGAGUAAGGAGGCCUAUCGCAAGUACAUGGACUACCUCCGAAAGACUUGGCUUACCUCGGCCAAGGUCGUUGAAUGCAUUCGCCUGCUCCACGAGGCCGAGAAGCAAGACCGCAAGUCGAUUGUCUUCUCCCAGUGGACGCUCCUCCUCGACCUCAUCGAGGUCGGCAUGGAGGAGGACGGCUUCCGCAACAAGCCCCAGCGCUACGACGGCGGCAUGUCCGGCGAUGAUCGCAACAUGGUUGCUAAGGCCUUCCAGGAUGAGGGUCGCCGGGAUGUGACGGUGAUGCUCGUCUCGCUGCGCGCCGGCAACGCCGGCCUCAACCUCACCCAAGCGUCGCGCGUCAUCAUCAUGGACCCCUUUUGGAACCCCUACAUUGAGAUGCAGGCCGUCGACCGCGCCUACCGCAUCGGCCAGACCCGGGAAGUCGAAGUCUUUCGCAUCCUCACCAAGGACACGGUGGAGGACCGUAUCGUGGACCUCAAGGAGAAGAAGCAGGCCAUGGUGGAGGCGGCCCUGGAUGAGGCCGAGAGUGCCAAGAUUGGACGGCUGGGUGUCAGCGAGCUCAAAUUCUUGUUCAACCGACGGGACGAUUAA